AUGGUCGUCCGCGAAAUUAUCAAUGUACAAGCAGGAAACCAAGUUGGGGAGGCUUUCUGGCAAGCCGUUCUUGCGGAGCACGGGCUUGAUCUUUCCGGGACAUAUCAAGGGACGAAUCCCUCGCAACUGCAUAAUAUCGGAGUUUACUUCUCCGAAGUUAAUUCUGCUUCAGCUACAAAAUAUGUUCCACGAUCUCUACAACUAGACCUAGAAGCUGGUGUCUGCAACGCUGUUCGCAGCGGCCCGAUGGGGGCAUUAUUCAGCCCUGACUCUUAUAUACAUGCGCAAUCCGGAGCGGGCAACAACUGGGCCAAGGGCUUUUACACGGAAGGCGCGGAGCUGAUUGAAGCGAUCAUGGAUGCCCUGAGGAAGGAGUCCGAGAAAUGUGACGUUUUACAGGGAUUCCAGAUGAUACACAGUAUAGGCGGUGGUACAGGCUCCGGCCUGGGGUGUUUGUUACUCACUAAAAUGCGAGAGGUCGAGUACCCUGACAGAAUGCUGGCGACUUUCUCUAUCUUGCCGUCUCCGAAGGUUUCGGAAACUGUUGUCGAGCCUUAUAAUGCAAUGCUUUCUGCCCACCAACUGGUCGACAACGGAGAUCUGACCAUCUGUGUGGACAACGAAGCACUAUAUGGAAUCGCGGGUCGAUCAUUAAAGAUUCAAACGCCAUCCUUUCGAGACCUGAACGCGCUCAUUGCAAGAGUAAUGUGUGGUGUGAGCACCAGUCUACGCUUCCCCGGGCAGCUGAAUGGGUAUGUUUUCCGACCAAAACCGGACCCAGCCGACACGUUUCCCAGCGAUCUUCGUAAACUUGGCAUGAAUCUGAUACCGUUCCCUCGCCUACACUUUCUAAUGCCUAGUUAUGCUCCAUUCGUCAGCGGAGAAGCUGCGAGAUAUCAAGGCAAUAGUGUUCCGGACCUAGUUCAAGCAUUGUUCGACAGGCGAAACUUGCUCGUCGAUGUCGAUCCCAGAUAUGGGCGUUACCUAACUGCGGCCACAAUUUUCCGUGGCAAUAUAGCCUCACGAGAGGCUGAGGUCGCGGUGCGAGACCUCCAAACGCGGAAUUCCACCAGUUUCGUGGAAUGGAUCCCAGAUAAUGUUUCUGUUACCCUUGUGUCUGUCCCUCCGGUUGGACAAAAACAGGCGGCGACAUGUCUCGCCAACUCUACAUCCAUCCAAGAACUUUUCCAGCGGACACACGAUACAUUUGCUGCGAUGUACAAACGAAGAGCCUUCUUACAUUGGUACACUGAGGAGGGCAUGGAUGUUAUGGAGUUCUCAGAAGCAGAAAGCAACUCGGCGGACCUCAUUGCUGAGUAUCAACAGUACCAGGAGGCGCGAGCUACUUCGGAUGACGGUGACGAAGAGUACGAGUACGAGGGCGGUGAGGCUGCCUCUGAGGCAUAUUCACAUUAA